UGACGAGCUAUAAUUAUUUCUUUCAUCAACAUGAAGUACUGGGUGUAAUUUUAUACGUAUUGAAAUUCUAUAUUGAUCGCAUUCCUGUCGCAAUUCAGUUGGAUUCUUUUUGGUGUAUUAACAGAGUUGUUACCUGUCCUAAUGGAGUAUACGGGCUAGUUCAGCGGACAUACCUGGAUACUGGGGGUACAGACCACGGUUAGAGACGAGUCGAACGUGACACGAGGUAUCGCUAUGGGCGACCGGAAGAUUCCCCACGUGGAACAGAUCUUCGGUGGCGGGGAGGCCAAGCGGCCCAUGAACAUCCUCGACCGAAAGACGAGCUUUAAUGCCUUCAAAAGCAAACGGGCACCAGAGCCACCUGGAAACCUGCCAAAAAUUGGGAACUAUCAGCCAAAAAUGCUGCUGCAGCCUAAGUCUCCCACGGGAAAUGCUACUCAGGGAGUGAACAAUGUAAGAACUUUUGACAGACGGGAUAAUUCGCCGUCAUCUGCAGACAAACUCAGUAGAAGUCCCCCGCGGGCCAUGGUUAUAGGGGAUAAGGAUGUACCUUUACGCAUUGAACAUGAUACUGACAAUGAUAAUGACUCGAGCUUUCCGGUGGCGCCGCCUCGAAGGAAAAGGCGGGCACCAAGCUGCCCAGAUGAAAGCGACAUAGAAACACUGGGUAGUAGAAAUAACCCACUUUUCGAGCGGUCAGUCUCCCAGAGAUCGGACGAGGAAGUGUUUGGUAUGGAGGAGCAGGGUGGGGAUAUCGAUUUCGGAAGUGGUAUAGACAACCCCGCCUUCAAUACGAGGAGCAGGACUACUAGUGGCUCCUCGUACCAGAACAGUCGUGACUUCCGCUCUAGUCACGACGCCUCCCGGGACCACAGUCAUAGUCAUGGUCGUAUGAGUAGUAGUGAGCACAUUGUACAGGCACACGUGCACGCGGAAAUUGGCAAUAGUGAACGAGAACGGAGAAGUUCCGCUGACCGAAGGUUUUCACACGUGAAAACACCGGACAAUAUUGUAGGCAAUAAGGACUUACCGUAUAUUCCACCUCCAGACUACUACGACGAAGAGGUCACGAUGGACUUCGAGGAAGAAAGGGAUGCAUUUAUGGCGGAUAACAUGCUACAAAGGCGCCGUCAUCAGUCGGACAACAAGGACUUUCGGCAUCUGGAGGGCGAGGAUUUCGGUCGCUACCUCGAUGACGACUAUGAAUUUGACCGCCCACGUCAACCACCCCCUCAGGGAUACAGGAAGCAGCAUAAAUCGCAUUCUAUGCCGAGGGAGAGUAGACCGAAACCGCCAAAAGACAACAAAAAGAAGUCUAAGGGUGAACAAACAAAAAGAAAUACUAUCAGAGACUUCACAUUUUCUGAUUCAAAAAUAGGCUGGGGUGAUCGAACUGUAAAAAGCACGUCAGCUAAGGGACGGUACAUCAAACGUGAAAAGGACCGAAAACGAAUAGACACAAGCGGGCCCCAGAACGGUUCAGCGGUAGCGCAGGGCUCGUAUGAAGAGUUCCUGCGCGUGCGCAAUGGCAUACUGCCGGAGAGCCCAAACAGUAGCGACAGUGGUGUUGAGCUUGGGGAAGAGCGUGCACACUCAGACAUGUACAUACACAGCCAGCCAAAACAGAUGCGCUACCGAAAGUAUGAGGAGAAGCCUAACAUGUGGCAGCGCCUCACCUGGCGUUUCCGGAAGAACGUCAAUAUCUCCCGCCGCGAAAACCAUCGGGAACCGGAAAUACUCUCGGAACGCCUCUAGAACGGACCACACUCUUUUGAACACACUUAACGUUUAUACAAAAAUCUGUCAUAGCUAUAACGAAAGCAUUUAUUGCUGAAAGUUGUUGGAAUACAAGUGUUUAAGUGCAUAUAUGCGUGCCAAAAGCAAACUGCUAGCAUUAUGUAUAAAAAAAGCAGUUAUAGUCGUCUAGAUUUUCGAUUACGUUUUUCGAUGCAAGUGUAUUUAUUUGUCUAGAGGAUCACACAGACUGUUCGUCAUGACGAUAUUGUGCGGAUAUGAAAUAUAUGAAACUAUAAACAACCGAGGUAGCAUUCAACAGUUUAUGGAAGAAAGGACGACGGACACGUGCUGCUUCUCUGUAGCGUGUAUUUAGCCAUGCUGUCAUUACAAAGUGUUCAAGUUGAAACAUUAUUUCGUAGAAACGAAAACGUAUAUUUCAUAUUGUGACAGAUGUGCCGGUGCCUGGUUUUAUACUGCUGAUGUGGCCAAGUAUAAAUGAUUCACACAUAUUUUUCUUAAUAAAAAUCUCAUUUAUACAUGUAGUUAAGAAUUGUUAAGUUAACAGUUAUUAAUAUAUCCCAUCACAAGACAGGACUUCUAUUGAAAAGUGCAAAUCUUUUUAUUGUAUUUCCAAGUUUCCUGUUAACUGACCAAACUGCCCUGGAAUCUUGAUAUAACGGGUAUGCUCUACACAGAGUCAACUGAUUAAUACUGUAUGAAUACUAUUACAUAUGACUAUGUCUAUUUAGAAUCUUAUUCAUUUACCUACUAAUCGUUUGUAAGUAAAUAAUAUAACAUGUGUUUGGGGUAUCUUAUGGGGUAUUUUGUUUAUACAUAUCACAUUAUAUUAUACGUUAAAAAGUUUAAAUGAUAUAAUUGUUUUUUUCCAAUGCUCAUUUGUUUUUCUAAUUGCAUAAUAAAUUUAUGAAAGUUAA